AGGAGAAGUUGAAGAAGGUUCUAUCCGAUCGCAAAUAGAACUUUACCUGUUUUAGUAGUAAGCCCCAACAACUCAGCAUAAGCUCUACCACCACGAGAGCUACAUAAAACAGACGCCACAAGAAGAAGUAAAUUUCUGCUCUGCGCCACAAAAACCUAUUGCAGUAGACAACGAAAUCGGAAUCCGCCACGUGACAGCAUCACUCUUCAUCACUACAUUCAAAUUUUCUUCACAACCAUGGACCACCCGUCUCGCCGAGUGAUGAACACCCACUCGUCUGCCCCGGCAGCGACCCGCGCCGCUCGGCUCCUCGCCACGGCCGCGAAGAUUUCGACUGCAGGAAUCGUGGUCUCCGCCAGCCGGGCUUCUCCUACUCCGUCCGAUUCCCCCUCCUCUGCGUUGGAAGUUUCGCAGGGAGAAGUGGUCCAGGAGUACAACGGAUCAUCUCCGGAGCAAGUACAAACUGCAAACGCCGCAGCUGGUGGUCCCGAACAUCUUCAGACCAAGCCGCUCUAUUACACGUCUGGAACUCUGAAAGGCCGCGAAGCCUAUGACCACAUGCUCUACUCUGACACGGACGAGUUUUUCGCGAACAAUGAGCGCCUAUGCAUUGCAAAUAUGUCAUCUGGGUCUGGAAAACUGCAACUUGUGAUGCGGAUUCUGGAUCUGGAACAGGCCAAAAAUCUGUAUUGCGUAGUCAGCAAAAGGUGCCCAAUUUUUGUCUCUAGAAGAGGGCAUUGGUCAUGCGGAAUAGGCAUGGAGAAGCUGCCGCAGAGUUUGUCAUGCUCUGUGUGCAUUCCAGACGUUUUUGUAGAUGUAAAAAAUGCAUGACAAAUGUCUGACUUCUUCCAGACCCAGACAUAUUUGCAUUUGAUAGCGCCAAAACAUCGACUACACAAGGAGUGGUCCUCGGCUUCCACACGGAUCAUACGGGAACAGCGCGUUUGCCAACACGUGGCUCACAUCAACUUCCCCCAUCAGCUACCUGCAGGGCCUGUGGCACCGGACCCUGUACGCAGGUGCUGGAACGUCGAACGCAAAACAUGGCGACAACGAGGAGUCCUGCGGCCCGGAGGAGCUGGCUACAACCUCUCUGGCGAGCAAAAGUCCGGUGAAAGCAAAUUUCGGAGUCGUGACAAAGUCGCCUUCCGGUGAACUCCUCCGAAAACAGGAUGUCAUGGAGGAUCCGUUUUACACCCUGGCGGAGGCGUGCAUGCGGGAGGGGAAAGAAUCCUUCGCCUGCAAGAAAAUGUACGGCUACAAGAAGGAUGGGGACGUCUUCGAGGACGCGGCGCAGGUUUUGUAAAAAAAGGAUGGAUCAUGUGAACUGAUCAGUUUCAUCAAUAUCACAUGGCGUACGUCAUUUUUGCACUGUAAGUUCUACGAACUUUCGCGCUCACAGCAGCAUUUACUCCCCAGCGUCUGUUGAAAGUUACUACGGAGAGCGAGUUUGCGCUUGUACCAAUACACAGCUCAUCGCAUUUUUGUAAAAGAAAUUCAAGCUAUUUUCAUUUUGGCGUUUUGCGCAUAAGCAUGUUUCUAAUUUGAUUUUGUAGCUCAAAUUUUUCUUCUGGAAUCCUCAUACAUUCCCAUACUAGCAGUACCCCUGCGCCGCAUUGCUUUUCGAUUUUGCAGAUACACACGAGGAAAGAUCGUUCUUCAAAUAGCAGUCCCCUUGCAUGCAAGAGAGUUGUACAACGAUAUUAAAGUAGAGACCAUCUUCAUGAGAACAGCACAACCGCAAGCCCGGUACAUGUUUCCCAUUCCUUUGUCAUGACAUGCAUCUUCAACAGCUCGGAUUUAAGUACCACAUCCACUGUGCAAGUUUAGAAUUUUGAACACAU